AUGGCUGAUAAAGGGAACACUGACUCUUCCGAGUCAACGCGACCAUCUGCAGCGAUGGGAAGUGAGAACCCGACACCCAGGGCGGUUCCUCCAGUGAGAUCAUCUGCACCCGGUCGGAGAACAUACGGUACACUCGAUUCGUCUUCACUUGAAGCGACAAAUCCAGAGGCGCGUCUCGAUGACGGUCAAGAAGAAACGAUGAGUCGCGUAUUUACAAACCAAUCGUCUACCGACCCCGAUAGACCUCGCAAACCAUCGGUCUCGCGCCGCAUGUCUUCCAAGCGUCAAAUCCCCCACAAGGGGCAGGAGUUCUCGACGGACGAUGAUGUCUCCGAGGUCCACCAAUACAUGGCCAUGAAGGGUCCCAAUACGCAAACAUCCCCCAGAAUACGACCCUUGCGAACGCAAAGCUCAACCCUCAGGAGACGUCCCAGUGCUCGGCCCAGUCCCCUUGCGAGAGGGGAGUCAGAGAGUUACAAUCCAGACGACAGCGGGUUGCCAGAUCCCGGGUUGGAUGUCGACGAAGAAAUCCCUUCCUUUAACCAGGCUGAUGAGAAUAGUGGGAUGGAUAGUGAUGAUGAUGAGGUCACCGAAACGUUGGAAGAUGAUGAAGACGCUGCCAGUGACGCGGAGAGCUUCACCCUCAAAGAUCGUCAGCAAGCCAUCAACGAAACUCACCCAUUUGGUAUCAGGAUCUGGAAGCCUGCGUUGUAUAAAAAGAGUCGCUCUGUAGAGAAGACCGCCGAGGGAGAUAUUCACUCUUCACCAGGCGGCCGUGUCAGUCCAAUGCUAUUCUUGACUAACUUGUUGUGGUCUUUGUUCUUUGGAUGGUGGCUUGCCCUCAUUUCUCUUCUGGCUGCGGUUGCAUGCUUUUUCUUUGCCUACUCAUCGAGUGCUAUGGCAUAUGGAAGAGUAUUUGCGGGUCUUUCACGAUAUCUGCUCUACCCCUUUGGGUCGUUUGUCCUUCUAGAGACCGACGAGCAUUAUGCCGAAGAGGACGAAGGCGAGGGACGCAGUAUCAGCGAAUAUGAGCAAUGGCAGAAUGGCGAUCUAGAACAUGGCCGUCUGUUCUUUGGGCCUCGCAGGGAUCGAUCACUCGUCGGCAGACGAAGGAACAGCGUCGAUUCAGCCGGUGAGCAGGACAGUCUGCUCGGACGACCUCAACGUGGACAGCAUGAUGACUUUCAGUUGGCCCACUCUAAACGUCGCCUUUUCGGGCGUGGCGAAUGGACCUUGGGUCGGGUCGUGUUCUUCGUGUUCUUCUAUUUCCUCGUCGGACCACUGAUGCUUCUGGUGUCGCUCACCUGCUGGCUGCUGGUUUUCUGGAUUCCCAUGGGGCGCAUCACGAUCACUCUAGUGAGCCAUCUACGCAGGCACCCUUUGGCGCUGUCCUUCCAUUCCGAUACCACCUAUGCUAGAUCGAGCACUACUUCCUCGUCUUCAAUCCUGCUCUGCACCUACCGAGCAGCGGGAACCAGGUACUGGAAGUACACUGUUGAUGGAACGAACAUCUUCCUGAUCAACUUGCUUGGUGUGGUCGUCUUUGUAAUCGUCGACUAUUUCUUCCUUGGGAAAUUCUUGGGCCUGGAGAACUGGAUCACGCAUCCGGGGCUAAUAUUCACUCUGGCUCUGCUUUCCAUCAUCCCUCUGGCCUACUUCAUUGGGCAAGCCGUCGCCUCGAUUUCUGCACAGUCUUCGAUGGGCCUGGGUGCUGCCAUCAACGCUUUUUUCUCCACUGUUGUAGAAGUGUAUCUGUAUUGUGUUGCCUUGACUGAAGGUAAAGCUCAGCUUGUUGAGGGAAGCAUUAUCGGCAGUAUUUUUGCUGGUAUUUUGUUCCUUCCUGGCUUGUCCAUGUGCUUCGGUGCGAUCAAGCGCAAGACUCAACGGUUCAAUGUGAAAUCAGCCGGUGUCACCUCGACAAUGCUGUUGUUUGCGGUGAUCGCUGCAUUUGGGCCCACCCUCUUCUAUCAGGUUUAUGGCAGUCACGAACUAAAUUGCCACUCGUGCGUCAACUCCAUCGAUUCCGAGAGCCGGGAUUGUCGACGCUGUUAUUUCUCUCAGACGGCGGCUAUUAACGACCAGUUCUUCCAAAAGGCUGUGCAACCAUAUGCGUGGUUCGCCGCUGUCUUCCUAUUCCUGUCAUACAUCAUCGGUUUAUGGUUUACUCUGAGAACCCAUGCUGCUCUUAUCUGGGCAACUGAAAUGGAAGAGAAGAAGAAUGCUCAGGCCACUCAAGAGUCAUCCUUCUAUGAGCCAAGGCACCUCUUAUUCCCGAGUGGUCAACCCGAAGCUUCCGGUGCUGUCUCUGGAAGCAAGGAUUCAAUCCGUGAAUCCCAGUUGUACAAGCGAAUCCUAGGCCAGUCCCUGAGGCACUACGGGUUCGAGGACAAUGGCACAGGCAACUGGGAGCCGGCGGAAGGUGAAGCAAGAACAGAAUCCAGAAACAACAUUCCGCACUUGGUACCACCGCGGUCUAGCGGCGACGACAACUAUGGGUCAAAGGCUGUCGGUGGUCUAUCCAGAGAAGACAACGAACGCCUAGUACGCCAAGUUACUGAAGUGGCAGCGACAGCUGCGGCAGUGGCUGCUCGUGAUGCAACUCGAAGCCGCAAGACCCCUGCUCAGAGUUCUGCCAACCGACAGGCUGGCCGUGCAGCAGCAGAACAACCUCGUACCCCUGGAGAAGAGCUUGAGGAUAUUGGUUUGAAUGUUGAGGCUGCCCAGGCCGGUGGAGGACAUGAUGCACCCAAUUGGAGCAAAGCCAAGAGUUCUAUCAUUCUUCUUGGAGCAACAUUCCUCUAUGCAGUUAUCGCUGAGAUCCUUGUCAACACGGUUGAUGUUGUCUUGGAGAGCGUGGACAUUGACGAAAAGUUCCUCGGUAUUACUCUUUUCGCACUGGUCCCCAACACCACAGAAUUCUUAAACGCCAUCUCCUUUGCCAUGAAUGGCAAUAUUGCAUUGUCUAUGGAAAUCGGUUCCGCCUAUGCACUACAGGUCUGUCUGUUACAGGUGCCCGCUGUGGUUCUUUUCAGUGCAUUCUAUGGACGCAUGUUGGACCCAUCUGAGCUUGUCAGCCACUCAUUCAACCUGAUCUUCCCUCAAUGGGACAUGAUCACCGUUAUUCUGUGUGUGUUCCUGUUGUCAUAUGUCUACGGUGAAGGAAAGAGCAAUUACUUCAAGGGCUCUAUUCUCGUUCUCACCUACUUCGUCGUUGUUCUUGGCUUCUACAUGUCAGGCUAUGUCAACAUAGACAGCAUGGGCGUAGACCGGUUUGAUACUCUCGCUCUGGGCGGCACAAGCAGCGCCGAGAAGUUCUACACGAUUGGCCGAACAAGAGGUGGGGAGGCCUACUAA